AUGUCGGCAGGACUCAGAACACUGGCGCCUUUCCUGCGCGCCUCGCGCCAAUCCCUCAGAGCCGGCAGCACCGCCAACCCUCUGCAGUACUCCUUAAAAAGAUCUCAGAAUGUGACGGCCGCCCUGAACAUCGCCCGCUCCUACGCCGCCGUCUACGAGCGAUCAAAGCCCCACGUCAACAUCGGUACCAUCGGCCACGUCGAUCAUGGAAAGACUACCCUGUCCGCCGCCAUCACCAAGCGUCAGGCCGAGAAGGGGCUGGCCAACUUCCUCGAGUACGGUGCCAUUGACAAGGCCCCCGAGGAGCGCAAGCGUGGUAUCACCAUUUCCACCGCACACAUCGAGUACUCGACCGACAACCGCCACUACUCGCACGUCGACUGCCCCGGUCACGCCGAUUACAUCAAGAACAUGAUUACUGGUGCUGCCAACAUGGACGGCGCCAUCAUCGUUGUUGCUGCUUCCGAUGGUCAGAUGCCCCAGACCCGUGAGCACUUGCUGCUCGCCCGCCAGGUCGGUAUUCAGAAGUGUGUCGUUUUCGUCAACAAGGUCGAUGCCAUUGAGGACCCCGAGAUGUUGGAGCUGGUCGAGAUGGAGAUGCGUGAGCUCCUCACCCACUACGGCUUCGAGGGUGACGAGACCCCGGUUAUCAUGGGCUCUGCUCUGAUGGCCAUGGAGAACAAGCGUCCUGAGAUCGGCCAGCAGAAGAUCGAUGAGCUCCUCGAGGCUGUCGACGCCUGGAUCCCCACCCCCGCUCGUGACCUCGACAAGCCCUUCCUCAUGUCCGUCGAGGAUGUCUUCUCCAUCGCUGGUCGUGGAACUGUAGCCUCCGGUCGUGUUGAGCGUGGUGUCCUCAAGAAGGAUUCCGAGGUCGAGCUGGUCGGCAAGGGUGGUGAGGUUAUCAAGACCAAGGUUACCGACAUCGAGACCUUCAAGAAGUCAUGUGACGAGUCGCGUGCCGGUGACAACUCUGGCCUGCUUCUGCGUGGUAUCCGCCGCGAGGACGUCCGCCGUGGUAUGGUCAUCGUCCAGCCCAACACCGUCAAGGCCCACACCAAGUUCAUGAUCUCCCUCUACGUCCUGACCAAGGAUGAGGGUGGCCGCCACACAGGUUUCCACGAGAACUACAGACCCCAGAUGUUCUUGCGUACUGCUGAUGAGGCAUGUGCCCUGUUCUUCCCCGAGGACGCUGAGGACAAGAGCCGCAUGGUCAUGCCCGGUGACAACGUGGAGAUGGUCGCUCAGCUCCACAACCCCAUUGCCAUCGAGGCCGGUCAGCGCGUCAACGUUCGUGAGGGUGGCCGCACUGUCGCCACUGGCAUCAUUACCCGAAUCAUCCAAUAG